UAUUGAUUUUGGGGAUUUAUUUACAGCUACAACUUCUUUUUAAAACACACGCGUUAAAGGCAUAUUCACUUAAAACAUCUACCUGUCAGUCUAAAGAAAUACUUUUGUAUAUUCAUUAACCCACAUGGCCCAUGCAGCACACUUCAAACCUCGAAGUAUCAAAUAGUCUAUUGGCUUAUCAUUUUAUUAUAACAACGUUUUAUUGCCCAUUUCUUACUAAAGGUCUUUAUGUAAGUUUCGUUGGAUUAGUGGAGGGUAUUCGUCUUAUACGCUACAAGAGUGGGCUCUGUUUGCAAGGUUUCCUGUACGAAAAUGGUCACUUUUUAGCUAUGAAAGUUACCUACAAUAAUGCAUCUAGAGAUACAAACGUUUUAACACGCACUAACAAGAAAUACGGACCAAGUACUUGCCGAGUAAGACACAGACGGCGUAACUGGAGCUCACAUACUUCUCGUUUGUCACCAUGUAUUGAGGAAUCACCUAAAGUUGAUUGUAUGGUAACCAGUUCGCUCAAUGGUUCUCCUGAACGCUUAUCAUCGAAUCCCCCUUCACUAGAAAGCAGUAGCUCGUGCAGUUUAGCCUCUUGUUAUGGGGUAUCAGCACCGUUUAUCCGCCCUUCCAUGCCUCCUGGUCCACCAACGUCACCUGUUCCGAGCCCACCGCCUACUCCUGUAACACUUAGUGCUGUUGUGGAAGCCCCAACGAAUCCUGUUUCUGAGUCUCGACAGCUUGACUCUAUUCCUAACCUUCCAGCCGUACUUCGCAAUCGUUUUAGACGACGUCGCAAUGCUAUUUGUGAUUCCUCUGCUCUUGGACAGGGAUUAAAAGACUUCUUCUCUUCUUAUGUGGUUUCUAAUUUAACUGAUUCCAUGACAUCAUCAUUAAGUUUGGGAUCAUCUUGUCCUGUGUUCAAAUCCUCAUUGCAACCUCAUGUUCCUAACACAGUUUCACGUUUGGCCCACAGCGACUGUGCCAUAUCACCUGUGUGUUUGAUCGAUAGCGAGUCACAAUCUGAAAGUCUGUGAUACAUCUUUAUCCUACCAGUUUUCAAUUAUCAUCAGACGGUACUUAGUUCACUUUUUGUAGUUUCUUAAAAUGAUUUUUGCCAGUCAGUUUAAUAUUUCACAUUAUUAGAUAACUUUAUCACGACCAUUGGCAUUUGUUUACCCUUAAGUAUGAAUGCAUACUUUACCUGUAUACGAGUCUUUCUGUACUCAUUGCUCAUCCUAUGUAAUUUCUUUCUUAAAUAUCUUAAACAUUCUUAUACUUUCCACCUGUUACCAGCUUAAUAGCUGAUUUAUUAAAAAUAUUUCAAAAGUAUUUUGUUUUUCUAUAUAGAUUGUUACCAAAUAUCUUUAUAUCUUUGCUGCCUAAGCUGAUGUUUCGUUAAAAAACUAAUAUCCCACUAGAAUAGUUGUCUGUUAUCUUUAUAUGUUUAAAAAUUAAAUACAUAUUUCUUCUGGGUGUGGCUUUAGGUAGGAGUUUCAAGGUGAGGUUUUCAUUCAUCAACCUGUAACGUUCCACCAAAUUUUACCCAGGGAAAUGUCAUUUCGUGUAUAUAUUUCCCUUAGUCAUAUCUCCGACGCCUUGUCUUUUCUACUACCGACGAUACUGUCACUACCUCUACUAUUCUGGGAUUAAGCCUGACAGUUUUAUCUUUCUUUGCUGUGUAAUGGCAACUUGAACAGAUGUACAUAUAUACCAGGUUCUACUUCGUGAUUGUGACAGUUACACUAUCUGUUAAAAUUCAAUGUGAAAAUAAUAGAAACUGUAAUGCAUGUAUUCGAAUUUCUCCUAAUUUCAAUUAUGGGAAUGCAAGAAAAUGGAAUAAUAAUAAAUUUUAGUCAUAUCUGCUCUUUAAUAAGGCAGAAAUUGAAUACGAUCCCACUUCCAUAUAUAUAUCUCAUAUAAGAGAGAUCACUACUUAUUGUUUUUGCUUUUCAAGGCACCGCUCUAAAUACCGACAUUGUUCCACGAUGCGCCACACAAAUCUCAUUUGA